CCGCUCCUCACUCUCCUCUCAGAGACGCAGCAUCCGUCAUGUCCACCACCUUCAUCUCUCGUUCCAUGCGGUCCUCCGCCGGCUCCGGCGGCUCUGUGAGGGGCUUUGGAGGAGGAGGAGGGUUCUCCUCCUUGAGGGCCGGCAGCGUGUAUGGAGGAGCAGGAGGCUCUGGGGUCCGCAUCUCCUCGUCCCUGGGUGGAGGUGGAGGAGGUGGAGGUUUCUCCCUGGGAGGAGGUAGAGGUGGAGGAGGUGGAGGUUUCUCCCUGGGAGGAGGUGGAGGAGGUGGAGGUUUCUCCUUCAGCGCCUCCAGCAUGGAGGACAGCCUGGUGGGCAACGAGAAGUUCACCAUGCAGAACCUGAACGACCGGCUGGCCUCCUACCUGGAGAAGGUCCGCAAGCUGGAGGCGGCCAACGCCGAGCUGGAGCAGAAGAUCCGCGGCUUCGUGGACAGCAAGGUGGGGCCCUCCACCCGGGACAACAGCGGCUUCUUCACCUCCAUCACCGAGAUCACAGAGAAGAUCCAGGAGGCCCUCCGAGUGAACGGAGCCGUCCACCUGAGCCUGGACAACGCCCGCCUGGCCGCAGACGACUUCAGGACCAAGUACGAGAACGAGCUGGCCAUGCGGCAGUCGGUGGAGGCCGACAUCGCCGGGCUGCGGCGGCUCCUGGACGAGCUGACGCUGUCCAAGUCGGACCUGGAGAUGCAGAUCGAGGGACUGAGGGAGGAGCUGAUCUACCUGAAGAAGAACCACGAGGAGGAGCUGGUGUCCACGCGCUCCCAGAUGAGCGGCCAGGUCCACGUGGAGGUGGACGCCGCGCCGGCUCAGGACCUCACCAAGGUGAUGGAGGAGAUCCGGGAGCAUUACGAGUCGGUCGCCGCCAAGAACCAGAGAGACCUGGAGGCCUGGUUCCAGACCAAGACAGAGACUCUGAACAAGGAGGUGGUCUUUCAGUCGGUGACGCUGCAGGAGUCCAGGGGCGAAGUGACAGAGGUCAAAAGGUCGCUACAGUCUCUGGAGAUCGAGCUGCAGACAAUGCUGGGCAUGAAAGCGUCUCUGGAGGCGACCAUGGCUGAGACCCAGAGCCGAUACUCGCUGCAGCUGUCCGGCUACCAGAUGCAGGUAUCGUCCCUGGAGGAGCAGCUGGUUCAGCUGAGGGCCGACAUGGAGCGGCAGGGUCAGGAGUACCAGAUGCUGCUGGACCUGAAGACCCGGCUGGAGAUGGAGAUCGCAGAAUACCGCCGCCUGCUGGACGGAGAGGGAGGCGGCAGGUGA